AUGAAGGGCCUGAGCCGCCUGCUCCGCGCCGCGGAGGAUGCCGCGCAGGGAGCCGCGGCAGUGAGCCACGAGUGCCUACUGCCGGAUGAGAGAGAAUUUCAAUAUGCUGCUAAAAUGAACAAUUUGGAUACCAUGGAAAAGCUGUUUGAAAGGAAUGUUAAUAUAAAUGCUGUAGAUACUCUGCGGCGCACGGCGCUCCACUUUGCCGUUGCGGGAGGCCACGUGUCCGUGGUGGAUUUUCUUCUUCAUCACAAAGCGAGGCUUGACGUGGCAGAUCAGCAUGGGCUGACAGUGAUUCAUCUUGCAGCUUGGACUGGAAACUUGGAUAUAAUGCGAAAAUUAGUUAAAGCGGGUGCUGAUCAAAAGGCAAAGAAUGAGGAAGGAAUGAAUGUACUGCAUUUUGCAGCUCAGAGCAACAGCAUUGAAAUAGUUGAUUAUUUCCUCCAAGAUCUUCAUCUGAAGGACUUGAACAAACCUGAUGGGAAAGGUAAAAAGCCAUUUCUUCUGGCCUCUGAAAAAGGCCAUGUUGACAUGAUAAAAAAAUUAAUUGCUCUGAAGCUGUUUACAUCGGAAAAAGAUGAGGAGGGAAACACAGCAUUGCAUUUAGCUGCCAAAAAUGGUCACAGUGAAGUUGUAGAAAUUCUGCUUGAAGAAUGGGAGGAAAUAAAUGACCUCAAUCAGAAUGGAGAAACUCCAUUUUACUUGGCUGUGGAAGGAGGUCAUCAAAAAUGUGCUGAACUCUUACUGGAGGCAGGGAGUGACAUCAAUGUUUCAACUCAGAACAAUAGCAGUGCUUUGCAGGUCGCAGUUCAGAAUGGACACCUAUCCUUGGUUACUUUUCUUAUUGAUAAGAAUAUUGACCUGGUUCCUAAACCUGAGCAGAAGAAUUCCCCUCUCCAUUUAGCAGUUAUCAGUAAUAAUCUGCUGGUAGUAAAAAGCCUUUUGGAUGCCAAUCAUGACAUAAACUCCUUGAAUCACAGGCAGGAAACCCCUCUACAUCUGGCAGCUGAUCUUGGCAAUGUGGAGUUGGUGGAAGUGUUGCUGAAGUCAGGCUGCAAUCUCAAGACCAAGGAUAAGCAUGGAAAAACAGCACUAGCCACAGCAUCAAGAAGCCAUCACGCCCUCAUUGUAGAUAUGAUCAUUAAAGCAGAAAGGUAUUUUGCCAUGAAACAGACACAUCUAGCUCAUAGUGGUAAUGGGUCAGACUUCAGCGUGUCCUUCAAACAAGAUCACAGUACACGGACCAAGCAAAUCCGUUCCUCCCUUUGGAAUCUAGCAUACAACCAUUUAAAACCCUGUGAAUGGAAAAAACUGGCUGUGUUCUGGAAGUUCACAGAUGAACAAAUUAAAGCUAUUGAAGAACAGUGGACAGGGAAAAAAAGUUACAAGGAACAUGGAAACAGAAUGUUGCUCAUCUGGUUACAUGGUACCUUGCUGGCUCAUCAGAAUCCUGUUAAACAUCUGUAUGAAGAUCUGGUGGAAGCAGGACUUCAGCCUGUAGCUGAGAAGAUCAGAGCUUCAAUCAGCACUGGCAUGGACUCCAGGAAAUGUGUCAUUUCAUGA